AGGUGUUGUUUAAUAAAUGCCAUUUACGUUGAAUUGGCACGAAACAGGCAGGCACACAACAGGGUAAUAAAUGGAAUUGUCACUGGGCCAUAUAACCAACUUCAGAAAUCUAGCUGGACCAAUAAAUGCUCUGCUUUACAGUAAUAAAGGCCCCGGACAAGACGGCGAAGUAUUUAACGCAUCAAAACGAGCGUAAAACGUGUAAUUUUACCCAUGUGGGCGACUAUUUAAACAUAAACUGUCGGAUUAACUCUUGAUGCUUGAUGGGGAAAAAUCUAAGUGUUGACAAGGGCCAGACUAGAUAGCUUUGCGGGCACUAAAUAGCUUUGCCUGUUGCAAACCGCUGGUCUAAACCAAACAAGAAAAAAUACCGUUUGUAACAGACCAGUAGGUCGUUUCGUAUCAGUGGUUGCUUUCACAAAGUGUUUUUUUGAAGCAAACUUGCAAUACACUUCGGUAACUAAAAUAUGAUUGCCAACAGAUAUCGGAUUUAUCAGUUUGUCCUAAGUUUUCAUCGAAUACCAGAAUGCAGAAAACACUUGAAAGUAAUAAUCCCUGUUUAAUUCCAGGUUGUAUAUACAGCAUUGGUGGAAGAGUACCAGGUCAUCACACCAACCAAGUAGAAAGAUUUGACCCAACAUCAUCAACUUGGUCAUUUGUUGCAUCCUUGAAUGAGGCAAAGAGCUAUGUUGCAGCUGUUGAAAAUGAAGGAAAUAUAUAUGUUCUAGGUGGAAGCGCAAACGGUCACUUGACAACUGUUGAACGAUAUGAUAUUUCAACAAACGUGUGGUCCACAGUAACUCCCAUGUUAACUCAACGUAGCUUCUUCAGUGCUUUUGUGAUUGAUUCAAAUAUCUACGCAAUUGGAGGAAGGAACAGUUCACCAGAAAGCAUGGAGAAGUUUGAUUUCAAGAAGAAUCAAUGGGAGACGAUUGACAUGAAGAACAUGAAUCUGUGGAUACUCGAUGCAGUGAAGAUUAAUUUGAAGUGAUUUGAUUGUAUAUAACAGAGAACACAGUUCCUUGUGUUACCAUUAAAGGACAUGCUAGUAGAUUAUGUUUGCAAUAUUUUUUAUGAAAUUGUAUAAGAUACUUGACGUUUCAUAGGUGCUUGUGUUACCACUGAGUGAAUUUUGUAUACUUCUAUAAUGAGCCCCUACAUUACUUACUGUAAAUAAUUCAUAUAGUUGUCUUAAAUAUAAUUCACAUAUGGCAUUGGGAUUUUCUUAGAACUGAUGCAGAAGAAAUUUCUUUUGAAUGGUUUGGUUUUAUUCAACACCCUAUAAUUGUUUGUAUCAUUUCUAAACGAAUUCUAAUCAUAACACUGAUAUGUAGUCAGAAAAUUUACGCCCUGGUAGAAAAAUCUAUUCUUGGUUGAUGAACAUUUCGGCUGCUUUUCUCAACGGCUAAAAAACAGAGUUUAUAAACCUUACAUCAGUCACGACUCCACAGCCCUGAUUUAGCUUGCUUAUCAUUUAAAGUUAAUUUUUGGCAAAUCAUAGUGGGAUUCUAUAUCCUUGUUAUGUGGAAUUUGUCACCAAUAUCAUAGGUCAUUGGAAGCGAGUGUUAUAUAUAGCCAGUGGUCAGUGAAAAUUAAAUUGAUUUAUUAUUCCUAUUCAGUUUUCAAUGCCAUUCGAUAUUAUCGGGGUAUGAAAUAUUGUCUUGUGCAUUCUUUAAGCGGUUUCUUCAUCAAUUGAAUUCACUUAUCAUUUCUUAAUCAAAAUCCGUGAAUGAAUUGCAAUUUAUAAAUUAGCAGAUGCCUUUUCCGCACAAUAUAAUAUAUUCAAUAUAGUUUUGCUUUAAACAAACCUUUUCCAGUGCUAUCUGUAAAAUACUUAUACAAAAAAUUGCAUUCAUCUCUGUAUGUAUGGAUGUUGUUGUUAUUAAAGUUUAUUUCUGCUUCCAAUAUAUUCGAUGAUGAUUAAUUUUUUUUCAUUUUUGCUGUAUAUUUUAUCGCAUAUAUGCAAUCAAUACUUUACUACCAUGCAUCUAACGCUGAAUUCAAUUCUUCACUUUUUAUCUGUUUUGAAAAUUCACUGCAUUAUCCGCCGCUCUGUCUUUUUAAUCACAUUGUUUGAAUUGAUUACGUUUGAUGCAUUCCAAAUGUUUAAACCUUACAUUGUGAGAGAACUUUAUUAAAUAAACUAACAAAUUAAUGAAUUUAUCCAUUUCUCAAAUUCCAUGUCAAUUUGGAGGAUUGCUUUGGUUUUCAACGAAAAUCUGUUCUUUGAUAUCAAGUGGGAAUUUAUUGCUGUUGAACCUGGAAAAGACGAUUGCA